GAGAAGUAACAUUUAUCAUUUUAUUAUCAAUUAGACUUGGUAAUACAUUGACCAAAAUGUCAAAAAUGUAUUUAUCAAUGAAAGGUCAACCUAACUUAGAUGGAUUAUUAUAUGGGGAGAGGGGGUAGCAGGAAACCUCCAAAAUUUUUCCUGGAUAUUGCUUCUCUCUGGUCUUUCUUUAUUAGGAUAAUCAUAGAAAUCAAUAUUAUCCAACUCAAGCUAUAUAAUCCAUCAACCACCCAGCUUUAAAGAAAUAAAUGGUCUUUUUUUUUUUUUUUUUUUUUUUUUUUUUACUUGCUAUAUGCCAAUUGUCAAUUCUGAUCAAGAACCAACCUUUAAUGGGAUCAUCCACUUCAGUCCAAUUCGUAGAGACAGCUCUUUCUCGCACUACUGGUCCUUUUGCUUUAUCCUAUACAGAUCCCAAUCAAAAAUGGCUAAUCAGGAAGCAUCUUCUUUCGCUGCUGCAAGAAUACCCUGCUUUUUCUCCUUCUUUCGGCACCUUCACUCACAACGAUGGCACAGCCGUGAACCUUUUCUAUGCAAGCGGGGAGCUUCAUAUCUCCAAUGGCAGACCACCUAUUCCCUUGAUAAUUUGGCUCCAUGAAAACUACCCUUUCAUGCCUCCAAUGGUCUUCGUCUCCCCAAAUUCCACUUACCCAAUUCAUCCCCGCCAUCCUUUCGUUGACCCUUGCGGUGCCACCGCUUCUCCUUAUCUCCAAACGUGGAUACACCCCGGCUGCAACCUCUCUAAACUUGUUCACAACCUUAUCAGACUCUUUUCCCAAGAUCAUCCCUUUUUAUCAUCUUCAUCUUCUUCCUCUGUUCGUGGUUUUUCUCAUCCCUCCCUUGCUUCAAAAAGGGAGGCUCUGGAUCAUCUUGUGGGUUCUCUUCACUAUGAUAUAGGAGCAUUGACUGCCAAAACGAUGGAAGAGAUAGAGAGGCUAUCGAAGUUUAAAGUGGAAAUGGUGAAGAGGGUUGACAGUACGAGAAGGAUAAUUGAUGGGUUAGAUCAUGAAAAGCUGAUUUUAAAAGGGAGGGUUUCAGAGCUGGUAGAAGAAGCAGAUAUGGUUUUGAACUGGUUAAAGGUUAAUGAUAGAGAAAUUUGGGUUGCUAAAAUUGGGGAUGAAAUUGAGAAUGCUUUUGAAGCUGUUGGGGAUGAUUCAAAUGAGGUGUUGGAUUGCUUGGCUGCGGAUAAAGCUAUUGAGGAUUCGAUAUACGCAUUGGACAAGGCUGUAGAACAAGGUGUGGUGAGCUCUAGUGACUACAUUAGGCAAGUAAGAGUUUUGGCUAGAGAGCAGUUUAAAAAUAAUGCUACGCUACUCAAAUUGAGAGGCCCUACAAUGCUCCAUUGCCUCGACGACUCCAAGUUGUUUUAGAUCAGGUGUUUUUCCUUUCGGUAAAAAAGUCAAACACCAUCUCUGCAAAUAGAAAGGGUCUUCAAGAUUUGUAGACAUGUACCACUAAAUUUUAUUGGACAAUGUUUUGUUGGGUCUUUUAAAAUAUGCCAAUGGUUGUUGUGAUAUUGUGACCAAAGCGAAGUCUUUGUUUUUGUUUUUCCAAUAUAUACAAUUUUUUGAUAAAAUUUUCAAUAUAUACAAUUGUAAAUUGUAUUUGUCUUACCUUUAA